UCACUUGAGGACAGUCAGAUUAUCCAACAGAUAGUCGAGACAACAUGCCUGAUACAGCCAAGCCUGCGCCUAAGAAGGGCUCCAAGAAAGCCGUGACAAAGACCGCCGGCAAGGGUGGCAAGAAGCGCAGAAAGAGCAGGAAGGAGAGCUACGCCAUCUACGUGUACAAAGUCUUGAAGCAGGUCCAUCCUGACACCGGUAUCUCUUCCAAGGCUAUGGGCAUUAUGAACUCCUUCGUGAACGACAUCUUUGAGCGCAUUGCUGGAGAGGCUUCCCGCUUGGCUCACUACAACAAGCGCUCCACCAUCUCUUCCAGGGAGAUCCAGACCGCAGUGCGUCUGCUUCUACCUGGUGAGCUGGCCAAGCACGCCGUGUCCGAGGGAACCAAGGCCGUCACCAAGUAUACCAGCUCCAAGUAAAGCCGGAUUUUGAACGCGCUUUAAACCAAAGGCUCUUUUAAGAGCCACCCACGUUCUCUUUUAA